UGUGUUUGUGGGAGGGACAGAUAGCAUAAACGGUCGGGCGAUGUCCUGUAGAAGUGAUGACUUCUUGCGUAAUUAGGGUAUCCGUCAUCUUAGGCAGGCAAAAUGACUGCACGGCAAUUCAAACUAAUUAAAUUUAGAUGAGCAAUUAAGUUAUUUACUGAUCUAGCUGCGCGAAAAAAUGUAUGCAAUUUUUUUUUUUUUUUUUUUUGGCUGUUCUUAUCCACGACAUCGGACAAAAGACAGAUGUCACACGCCGCAGGGAAGAAGGAGAUUGCUUGUGGCGAUGAUAGGAGGGAAGGAGGAACUCAGCACAAGCUAACACUUGCUAUGCCUUGCACCUGACCCAGAUAAGCAUGCAUGAACGCACGCACGCGCACACACGCACAUACACAGGUCCAUCUGUUGCUCAGAUCGUAUUUUUAUCGUUUCUUUCAGCUUGCAAUUUUUGUUAAGCCGGUGUACAACUCGUGCAGCAUCUACAGUCGCGUGCUCGGACACAUGCAGUGUGAAGGUGUGUAUCGUCUGCUGGGUGGUGUCUGAGAUCACGCUGAUUCAGUGACCCGUGGCGAGCACCUAAAGAAACAGAUUUGUAUGAUUCCUCCGCCUAUCAUCCCACCCCCACCCGCGUGUGUGCCUUUCGGUGCACGAAGGUACGUGCUACCUGGACUUCUGUGAUUCGAUCUUCUGCACAGCCUGCUGGACCACGACACUGAGUGUGCUGAGAGAUGCUGUCGCACAGGAGAUGUGCCGUCACAUAGCAAUUGUGUUGUCACGUAACAGGAACAAGACUAGAGGCAUCUGCAGACACCACGUGAUCUUGUCCCCAUGAGAAUCCGCGAGAGGUGGUAAGGCCAUGAAUGUGUCUGAGGUGGCAGGACUCGUCUUCGCCGCCAUGCUGAGCCUCAUGCUUCUCGUUGCUUGCAUUGUUUCCGCUAUAAAAGCAGUCAAGGACAGGCGGCAGAUCCUCCAGAGAAAUGCAGCCCGGAGGAGUCAACGCAGAAGCAUGGAGAACACUACUGCUGUUCAUCAUCACAAACGUGCAGACGGCAUCAACAUUUCCCCAGAAAGGUCAACAGACGACCUCGCUCCCGUCGUCCGUCACGUGCGCUUCAUCCCGUGUCACGCGAGUCGCAGCGCGGAUCACAUCGACCUCAUCGCUGGGCUUUUUAACAGCGAUGAAAACCACUCGGUGUUGAGUACCUUCGCCGACAACACUGAUGACAGAUCUGAAGACAACAGAAGUUAUGAGAGAAAGGUCCGCCCGCGUGGCAGGGAGCUGCAAAGUGCGUCACUUGGGGACUUCCGCAGCACGCUGAUUGGGUCACGUGCCAUUACUCUCUUGCCUGCAAGACAUCGCCAACAUGGCAGCAGCAGUCGUGACAUCUGGCCCGGUGCUGAUUGCCAAUACAGCAACAGAGUUCGCGACAUUUCAGCCAGUGCCAGUGGGAAACACAGGAGUAGCACAGUUCCUGACUUACCCAGUGCUAGUCUCGACAUCUCGUGUGGUCCUCGCAGGGAGCUGAGGGAGGUCUCGCAUGUGGUCUACAGCCCCAGGCGCCAUUCGUACGCGGAAGCGGUAGAUAGCCUAGUCUGAAUGGAGUCCACCCAAACAACAACAAAACAAAAAACAAAAACAAAUGCAUAUAUAUACUCUGAAUAAGUCCGUAACUGACAUCCUACCUGAGCUUGGACACGUCGUUUCCUUCACCUCUUGCGUUGGAACCUUCCGCCAUCAAAUAAUCGCCGAAGCUAGAAGUUAGAGACAGAAAUUGUAACAACAAUCCUUGUUGACUACAUUUCGUGUCGAGCGAGUGCGUCUUUAUAAAGGGUCGUCUCCUAUGUACGUUUUUAAAACGUCGAGUGAAUGAGGUGUUCCAGAUCCAACUUUUCUCGGGGACAUCUUUUGUUGUGAAAGCGAUGAUCUUUCUCUCCUUCGCUGCUUAACCCUCUUUAGAGGAUCCACUCUCGACAACUGGACCCCCAGUCGAAAAGUUGUUACGCCACACGGGAACCGAACCGGCACAUCUUUGGGAUUUGUCGUCAGGGCUAUUUCCAGACAACGUCAUUGACUUCGAUUGAGUGUUAACGUGUAUAACGGCUUUUGUACUACGCACGGUUGCCACAGUUGUAAGACACCAGAAACUUCUACUUGCAACAGUCACGUGACGUAAGCUGGUCAUUAGCAAUGUGACCCAGCGUGACCCUUGUCCAAGACUGGGGCGGUUAGCACCUGUCACCAAUUCUGUGCGAUUGGCUUUCCCAGGUUCAGAUCUCGUCUUAGGCAAGCUAGUCUUUCGCUGUAUGCGACAUCUGCUUACAGGGCUGGCUGCUUUGCCGAGAUAAAGCCUUACUUGCUGGUUCGGCGGAAAACGCCAUUACCCACCCUCUCCCCUUUGUCGAAGACUGUCUUUCAAGUAGCCCUGGAAAAUGGUGGACGUAGCAGAGGCCAGAGGAAGAACUGGGAUACGAACGUCAACAUCCGGACUGGUCGUCCUGUGCAGGACCUGCACACCAUCGCCCAAGACAAGUGUGAGUGGUUGGCCUCGUCCAUCCAUCUCCCCAAAAGCAGGUACCAGUCAAGGAACGAAUGACUGUAUUAUUAGCGGCACUGGUGUCAUGUGCGACUUUCCAUCUACCAGCGAAUGUUACUUUUGUGAACUUUAUAUCUACCUUGGUUCCCAUAACGCAUUUGUUGCUAUGCUCACCCUGGAGUCUGCCUGUAGGGUGAAUAAAGGUCUUGACCAGAGACAAAAAUAUGUUUGAAUCCGUAUGUCCCGAUCUCACAAAUAGUUACCAGUCAAAAAAAAAAUGAAGCAGCACUAGACCCAAGGAUCGAUUGGGUUCUAGCCACAGAUGACUUAUGAAAAGGUAAGACUCGGUCAGUAAGACCUACAUAUACAUAUAAAUAUCGCAUGGUGGCACUCGUGUAACAGCUGGUGCACUAGCUUAUCAGCUUUGUGAAAUGUUUGCAAUCCUAAGAUCGUUUUCAUUAUAGUUAUUUAUACAUUCAGAAGCCGCAAUUGUAACCACGGUGAGACAGCGAGAGUAUUGCAAGUAUAUAAUUAUUUUCACUGGAGGUUGUCACUGCUGAGGACAUGAAGCGACUGCAUGACCGGCCAUGAAUUGGUGUGAGCCUCACCAAAUGUUCCUUCACUAGGAAGUGAGAUGUUAGAGAGUGCACUUACCUGCAAGCCAGCUUGUGUGUCUUUGAGGGCGACACCCAUCUCCCCUUUCCCCACAGUCCUCUUAACCACCUAAGAAGCUGGCUAUUGUGGUCGUAUUCUGCCUUGGACGCAGGGGCUUUGACCACAAGGUUUCCUGUUGCCCCUACCAGACAAUGCUAGCUACUCUAUGAUGUUAUGCCUUCAAGUGGCUAGGCUCUGAGCCUGUGGAUUUUAUGUGUAGACAUGUCUAUCGUAUCUAUUUUGUAUCCUAUCAUUACAGAUAGUCUUGUAGUCUACUUCAUUUUCUUUGCUAACAGAACAUGCUUCAAGGUAAGGCUGGCGCUGCUUGACAUGAUAUUUUUAUUUGUGGGAGGUGUGAGAGAGACUGAAACUUAUGAUAGCAUAUAAAGGUAAAUAUUUUAGCUGUGAAAUACCAUCUUUUCAAGUCAUGCCUGGCAUAAAUGACAAUGGCGAUGAUAAUGAUGGUGGUGAAGAAUCUAACAAACAGAUUAUAAUCGAAGGAAUUUUAAUUGUUAUUUGUGCACACAGUCUUCAGGUUACAAUAACAUUGCUGUACAUUCUUCAUAUUAAAAUUAUAAAUUUAAUGUACAGUCCUCUUGUUAAAAUUAUGUCUUUAAAAAAAAUUUGGAAUCAUUUAUCUAGUACUGUUGAAUUAUUAUGCUAAAACCCCAGUGCUUGUCCAAAGAAACUGACUCAAUUUUGAUGCAAACAAGUUUUUACACAUCUAAUUGUAAUAACUGAUACUACCUCCCAACAAAACUAUGCAAACGGACAUUUUCUAAAUACAUUUUCUGUUUUUACAAAACAAUCUUGAUGGUAUAUUAAAUCUAUGGAGACAUGAUUCACCGGAAUCUUGAAUAUCACCACAGUGAAUGGCUUACUGGCCAUAGUUUUGAAUGUUUGCAGUAACCACUUGCCUUAUCACAGCUAUGAAUGUCUGCUGCUACUGACAAUGCAAUAUUAACUAAUGUAUAUAUUACAAGUAUCACCCAGUGGUCUGACAGCAAAACCAUGGUUCUGCACUGAAGUUCAGCUGUAAGAUUUCUGAGUCAUCCUUCCACAACCAUACUUUUAGAACAUAAUUACUUUUUCUUUCCUUAUUUUUUUGUGGGCACAAACAAUGUUACUAUAUAUGUCAACAUUUUGCAGCAAAUGUAACUGAACAACAUAGCAGAAUAUUAAAAGACCACCAUGAUUAUGUUCUGCAGCACUGCCCCACUAAAUAAUUACAAAUAACUGGAAACUUUUCUAAAUUUGUGUUCUUGACUACAGAUGUAAAGGCAUUCACCAUGAAUACAAAAUUGUAAGACAAUGAAAAAUGAAUGGGAAUUUAAAAGAGGAGUGUCUUAGGUCAUACAAUGCAAAAGUUUAAAAAUAAACUGAUCUCACCAAAA